AUGCCAAUUGAGGCGCAGCGGGCAGCCCUUGGCCAACUCGGCCUGCCGAAACCGACGCACCACCACUCAUCUCGCAUGUCAUCCUCCAAUGUGCUCUGCUCCGUGCCACACAUAUCGCGAAACCACACCGGCAGUAGCCCAUUCAUCAGCUGCACAUCUUCAGCGAACGCCUCGAUGGUGGCCAGCACCUCGUCCUGUACUCUGACACCGUCGUCAAACCGACUGCCUGCCGGCACCACCACCACCAGCGACCCAAGGGGCCCGGCCCGUAUCAGCGGUAGCAGCGGCACUUGCGCCAGUCGAGUAAACAAGUUACAACCGGCCGCACGCGGAUUUUCUGUCAAUCCCACACGUUGGCGCCGUAGCGCCACUGCCACUAGCAAAUAA